GAACGCUGUGAUUGGGCGGCGUGGCGGAGAGGAAGCGGGUGCCUUUGCUGUCAGAAAGCUGAAGCUAGUCACCCCGGCUUCUGGAGACCCAACUCCCUUCAGCUUCGGCCUCUGGCACUCCUUGUGUGCACAUGUCACCUGCCCGCCUUCUGCGACGGAGCUGAGCUGCGGACCGCCGCCCGGAUGGGCCCGCCCGAGCUCCUUAAAGUCUCCAGGGAUUGCUGAAUUGCUGAGGAGUUUGAGAUACAAGCUGAAGUUCCCAUUCCAUGGAUCCCUUGGGUGCACCUUCCCAGUUUGUGGAUGUGGACACCCUGCUAAGUUGGGGUGACUCGUAUAAAGAUGAAUUAAACUCCUAUGACAGCACAGCUGAGACAUUCCAGGAGGACCCCAUCAGAUCGCCUUUUCUUUAUAAUCGGGACAUUAAUGGAAAAGUGGUUCUUUGGAAAGGAGACGUGGCAUUGCUGAACUGUACAGCCAUUGUGAAUACCAGCAAUGAAAGCCUCACAGAUAAGAAUCCCGUGUCAGAAAGUAUCUUCAUGCUUGCGGGGCCAGAUCUGAAGGAGGACCUACAGAAACUUAAAGGUUGCCGAACAGGUGAAGCAAAAUUGACAAAAGGCUUUAACCUAGCUGCUCGGUUCAUCAUUCACACCGUGGGACCUAAGUAUAAAAGCCGCUACCGCACCGCAGCAGAGAGUUCCCUGUACAGCUGCUACAGGAACGUGCUUCAGCUGGCAAAAGAACAGUCCAUGUCUUCUGUUGGCUUCUGUGUCAUCAAUUCCGCCAAGCGAGGUUAUCCUCUAGAAGACGCAACACACAUUGCACUUCGUACUGUGAGGCGGUUCCUAGAGAUCCAUGGGGAAACCAUUGAAAAAGUAGUAUUUGCUGUCUCUGAACUCGAAGAGGCUACUUACCAAAAGCUGCUACCUCUGUACUUCCCAAGGUCGUUAAAGGAGGAGAGCCAGUCACUGCCGUGCCUGCCUGCAGACAUCGGGAAUGCAGAAGGCGAGCCUGUGGUGCCUGAGCGGCAGAUCAGAAUAAGUGAGAAACCUGGUGCUUCCGAGGAGAACCAAGAAGAAGAUGAGGAUGACGGCUUGGGCGUGGAUCUGUCUUUCAUUGGCUCUCAUGCUUUUGCUCGAAUGGAAGGAGAUAUUGACAAGCAAAGAAAACUGAUCCUCCAGGGACAGUUGUCCGAAGCUGCCCUGCAGAAGCAGCAUCAAAGAAAUUAUAACCGCUGGUUAUGCCAAGCAAGAUCUGAGGACCUGUCUGAUAUUGCUUCUCUGAAGGCCUUGUACCAAACAGGUGUGGAUAACUGUGGCCGCACGGUGAUGGUGGUGGUUGGAAGAAACAUCCCUGUGACGCUGAUAGAUAUGGACAAGGCUCUCUUAUAUUUUAUCCAUGUAAUGGACCACAUCGCUGUGAAGGAGUAUGUCCUGGUCUAUUUUCACACACUGACCAGUGAAUACAAUCACCUGGACUCCGACUUCUUGAAGAAACUCUACGAUGUCGUUGAUGUCAAAUACAAGAGGAAUUUGAAGGCUGUUUAUUUUGUUCAUCCAACAUUCCGUUCAAAGGUCUCAACAUGGUUUUUCACCACCUUUUCUGUCUCAGGAUUGAAGGACAAAGUACACCACAUAGACAGCCUGCACCAGCUCUUCUCUGCCAUAUCACCAGAGCAGAUAGACUUUCCUCCUUUUGUCCUUGAAUACGAUGCCAGGGAAAAUGGGCCUUAUUUUGCAUCCUACCCUCCAUCACCAGAUUUGUGACCUGCCACCUUUCCAGUCCUUCUCGGUCACGGAGUUCCAUUUCACCACAACUCUCCACCUAUUGAAGUGAUGUUCAUUUUUGCUGUACAGAUCCAGAGAGCUUUUGUCCCCACCUCUCUGGUAUUUUUUUAUUGACUAUAUAUUUUCUGGCACAUAAACACUCUGAAACUGGUAGGCCAUACUGAACUGCAUACAUUUUAAAUUUGUAUAUUUGUAUCAAAUGGAAAUGUUCAUUUAUAGAGCAUUAAUAGAAACUGGGGGUCAACUUUUGAGUGUCUUCAGUUUCCUGGACUCUGGACCCUGUUACCCAGGCCACCAACCUUGCUUACAUCAUCUCUGACAGUGCACACUCUGGACUCUCCGUUACCCAGGCCACCAACAUUGUUCAGUGUCUCCUAAACAGUGCACGCUUCCUUUGUGUAUCUAAGUUUCUCAAAAUAUAUACAACCAAUGAAUGCUGAA